AAUACCAAAAAAAGAAAUAUGAAAAUACGAAGCAUUCAAAAAAGCCUAAAACUUGAAGCCUCCCCAGCAUCUUCUUAGCCACCUUUCUCUCCCCAUCAUCCUUUCUCGUAUUCUCCUAAUACUGCAUUCACUUCUCUUUCUUUGAUCAAUCUUUUUUCACAUUUCUCUCUCCCCAAUUUACAUUCCUCUGUAUACGAAACGCAUUUGGGUUCUCUCUCGCCGCCACGACACAAAAUGCCGCGUCGCUUAUUCGCCUGCUUCGGCAAAGGAGGUGCCUCGAACAAGUGCUCGUCCGGGGAGCGGAGCAGCGUGACGGCUGACGUGGCGGCGGAGGAGGAUCGGCGCGGCGGGGCUGUGCUGGUGGAGCUGUUCUCGUCGCAGGGUUGCGCCACGUCGCCCGCGGCGGAGAUGGUGUUGUCGAGGCUGGGGAGGGGGGACUUCGACGGCCAGGAGCUGCCGCCGGUGGUGGUGCUCGCCUUUCAUGUGGACUACUGGGACUACAUGGGCUGGAAAGACCCAUUCGGGUCGAGCCAGUGGACCGUCAGACAAAAGGCCUACGUGGAGGCCCUCAAACUCGACACCAUGUUCACGCCCCAGGUGGUGGUCCAGGGUAGAGCCCAAUGCGUUGGGAAUGAUGAGAAUGCUCUCUUGGCGGCGAUUAAGGACGCACCGAGGUUCCCUGCUCCCACGUUCCAGGCAAGCUUCCAAAGGGCUUCGCCAGACUCCCUUCAAGUUUCCCUAGCAGGAAGUCUAAGGACGAAGGUGGAUAAUCAUGGCGCCAAUGUCAUGGUGGCAUUGUAUGAAAGCGGCUUGGUGACUGACUGCCCCAAGGGGGAGAACAAAGGCCGAGUUCUUUCCAACGACUUCGUCGUUCGAAAACUCGAAAAGCUCUGCACUGUCAAAGACAUCUCUGCCAAGAAGGCGAUAAAGGGGACUGUUAACUUCUCCCUGUGGGAAGGAUUCCAUGGCAGCAACUGUUGGGUAGCCGUCUUCGUUCAAAACAGCUCUCAUCAAAUUUUUGGUUCGCAGAAUUUUCUGUUGCCGGAUGACAUAUGAGACACAAUAUAGCUCUCGAUUAGGCAAUUAUAUGUACAGGAUGUGCUCUGUUUUAGGAUGUUGGUUUCUUGUUUUCUUUCCUGUUCUUUUGGUUCUUGUGUUUUUGUUUUCUUUCUUUCUUAUAUUUACUGGCUGGAUUUUAUGUUUAGCAGACGGAGAGAAAAAGAGAGAGGGAGAGAGAGAAAGAGUUGCAUCACUAUCUAGUCCAUUUCAGAUUUGGAACUGAAUUUCUUCGUAUAUUAUUAUGUGGAGGAGAGAUGUGAGUGAGAAACUUUUACCCAUAUGUUUGUAUUUGUUGGCCUUUUAUUCAAUGUCUAUUAUAUUCAA